AUGUAUAAAUCGGUGGUGUACCAGGGGGAGGUGGUGUUGGGUGAGGUAGAGGUAUACCCGGAAGAGAACAACUACAAGAACUUCCAUGUGAAGGAAAUCAGAAUAAGCCACUUCUCGCAACCAAGUGAGAGGUGUCCCCCACUUGCUGUGCUUCACACUGUUACCUCAUGUGGUGUUUGCUUCAAAAUGGAGUCAAAGACUCAGCAGCAGGACGGCCUCUUUCACUUGCACUCCUUGUGUAUCAGAGAGAACAAGACUGCUGUAAUGCCACUAGGUGGGGAAGAAAUACAUUUGGUUGCAAUGCAUUCACGAAAUGAUGAUAAACCAUGCUUUUGGGGGUUUGUUGUUGCUUUGGGACUUUAUGAUUCAUGCCUUGUUAUGCUAAAUCUCAGAUGUUUGGGUAUAGUGUUUGAUCUGGAUGAAACACUUAUCGUAGCAAACACAAUGCGAUCAUUUGAGGAUAGAAUUGAUGCACUGCAGAGAAAAAUAAACUCUGAGGUAGAUCCACAACGAAUUUCAGGCAUGCAGGCAGAGGUCAAGCGCUACCUAGAUGAUAAGAAUAUAUUGAAGCAAUAUGCUGAAAAUGAUCAGGUUGUUGAUAAUGGGAGAGUGAUAAAAGUACAAUCUGAGAUUGUCCCGGCAUUAUCUGACAGUCAUCAGCCUAUUAUUCGGCCACUUAUACGGUUACUGGAUAAGAACAUUAUUCUGACACGCAUCAAUCCACAGAUUCGAGAUACAAGUGUUCUUGUGAGGUUGAGACCUGCAUGGGAAGAUCUUCGAAGCUACCUGACUGCAAGAGGGCGCAAGCGUUUUGAGGUUUAUGUGUGCACAAUGGCUGAAAGGGACUAUGCACUAGAAAUGUGGAGACUUCUUGAUCCAGAUUCAAAUUUGAUAAAUUCUAAAGAACUGUUAGGUCGCAUUGUAUGUGUUAAGUCUGGUUUGAAGAAGUCAUUGUUCAAUGUCUUCCAAGAUGGUUUAUGCCAUCCAAAGAUGGCAUUGGUAAUUGAUGAUCGCUUGAAAGUGUGGGAUGAGAAGGAUCAACCUCGAGUGCAUGUUGUCCCUGCAUUUGCUCCAUACUAUGCUCCUCAAGCUGAAGCAAGCAAUACUAUCCCUGUCCUGUGUGUUGCAAGAAAUGUUGCUUGCAAUGUUAGGGGUGGCUUCUUUAAGGAUUUUGAUGAUGGUCUUUUACAAAAGAUUCCUCAAGUUGCCUAUGAAGAUGAUAUCAAAGAUAUACCUACUCCUCCUGAUGUGAGCAAUUAUCUAGUUUCAGAGGAUGAUGGUUCUGGUGCUAAUUCUAAUGGAAACAGAGAUGCAUUCUUGUUUGAUGGCAUGGCAGAUGCUGAGGUAGAAAGAAAAUUAAAGGAUGCACUAUCAGCAGCUUCAGCUAUCCCUGUGACAACUGCUAACCUAGACCCCAGACUCACUUCUCUUCAGUACACAAUGGUGUCUUCUGGUUCAGUUCCUCCUCCAACAGCUCAAACAUCCAUGAUGCCAUUUCCCCAUGUACAGUUUCCUCAACCUGCUACACUAGUAAAGCCAAUUGGUCAAGCUGCCCCGUCUGAAUCUAGCUUGCAUAGCUCUCCUGCUAGAGAAGAAGGUGAAGUACCCGAAUCAGAAUUAGAUCCAGAUACAAGACGUAGGCUUCUCAUAUUGCAACAUGGACAAGAUACCAGGGAUCAUGCAUCUACUGAGCCUCCAUUUCCUAUUAGACAUCCCAUGCCAGUCUCUGCUCCUCGUGUGUCAUCCCGAGGGAGUUGGUUUCCUGCAGAAGAAGAGAUUGGUUCACAGCCACCAAGCAGGGUAGUACCUAAAGAAUUUCCAGUAGACUCUGGUCCAUUGGGUAUUGAAAAGCACCGACCUCAUCAUCCAUCCUUCUUCUCUAAGGUUGAAAGUUCAAUUUCAUCUGAUAGAAUUCUCCAUGAUAGCCACCAAAGACUACCAAAGGAGAUGUAUCAUAGAGAUGAUCGCCCAAGAUUAAACCAUAUGCUCUCAAGUUAUCGUUCUUUAUCUGGUGAUGAACCCCCCUUUAGUAGGUCAUCUUCCAGCCACAGGGAUCUUGACUCUGAAUCUGGUCAUUCUUUAUUGCAUGCGGAUUCUCCAGUUGUAGUAUUACAGGAAAUUGCACUGAAGUGUGGAACUAAGGUGGAAUUUAUGUCAUCUUUGGUUGCAAGCACAGAACUGCAGUUCUCCAUCGAGGCAUGGUUUUCCGGGAAAAAAAUUGGUCAUGGAUUUGGCAGAACUAGAAAGGAAGCUCAACAUAAGGCUGCGGAGGAUUCUAUCAAACAUUUGGCGGAUAUAUAUUUGUCUAGUGCUAAGGAUGAGCCUGGUUCCACAUAUGGGGAUGUGGGUGGGUUUCCAAAUCCAAAUGACAAUGGUUACAUGGGUAUCACCAGCUCGCUUAGUAAUCAGCCAUUCCCGAAAGAGGAUUCAGCUUCAUUUUCAACUGCAUCUGAUCUAUCAAGGGUUUUAGAUCCUAGGUUGGAAGUCUCUAAGAGGCCAAUGGGUUCAAUCUCAGCCCUUAAAGAAUUGUGCAUGAUAGAGGGUCUUGGUGUCAAUUUUCUAUCUGCACCUGCUCCAGUGUCAACAAAUUCACUUCAGAAAGAUGAAGUACAUGCACAGGUUGAAAUAGAUGGCAAGGUCUUUGGUAAAGGUAUCGGAUUAACAUGGGAUGAAGCUACAAUGCAGGCUGCGGAGAAGGCACUAGGAAGUCUAAGGUCAAAGCUUGGCCAAAGCAUUCAGAAAAGGCAGAGCUCUCCCAGGUCACAUCAAGGAUUUUCAAAUAAACGUUUGAAGCAAGAAUACCCUAGAACAAUGCAGCGGAUUCCCUCUUCAGCUCGAUAUCCCAGGAAUGCUCCACCAAUUCCUUGA